AAGCCAGCCCCCGCUCGGUUCAUUUUUCCCUCUCGACCUCGAUCUCGAUCUCGAUCUUGAUUCUCGCUACCCUCAAGCAUCUCACUGAAUCCGCCCCGUCCCGUCCCGUCCCGUCCCGCCCGGUCUCGUUUCGCCAGCAUCGAUCGCAUGGCUCCUGGACCAGCACCCGCAUGGCAGGCACCGCAGCCCACACCAUCCAUCGGGGCUUGCUCGGCGCUCAAACGCUUCCCCGACCACCGCGAGGCUCUGGCUCUGCUGGUCAAACUCUCCAGACAUGUCGAGCCCAUCAUGAAGAAGCGGAGCUGGACCGUCCCGAAACUCUCGGAAAUGCUGCCCAGCAAUCCGGCCUUGCUCGGGCUCAACAUCAACCGAGGCCGAGAAAUCAAGAUCCGGCUGCGGCCAGCCCACAACGAGCGGUCGUUUCUCGACUUUAACGACCUGCUGGGCACAAUGCUCCAUGAACUCACUCAUAUCGUCCGCGGGCCUCACGAUGCCCAGUUCAAUGCCAUCCUCGACUCCCUGCACGACGAGUACGAUCUCCUGCUCGCCUCAGGCUUCCACGGCAACGAGGGCUUCCGGCUCGGCGGACGGGGCGUGCCGUUGUUCCAGGCUCGGUCUGCGGCCCUCGCUGCCGCCGAACAGCGGCUCCAUCAUGGUCGCUUUCCUCUGACACCACGAUCCACACCAGGCACCAAUGGCUCGGGUGUCGUCGGAACCGGAUCCUCGGGCCAUCGAUUGGGCGGCAGCAACGAGAUGAAGGAACUCGAGACCCUGCUCAGACCAGGAGAGCUGUUUUUGCUCUCUGCGGUCGAGAAGCGCCGGAUGAAGCUGCCCGAAGGCGGAUGUCGGUGCCUCGGCGGUGGCGACAACAGCAGCAGCAGCAGUAGCAGCAGCGUCGUCGAGAUUGAUGAUGCGGACAUGCUGGAGAUCAUCCGCAUUGUUGGUGCCGCUGACCCCGAUGAAUAUUCCCCUGAUGUCCGUGUCAUUUACGAGGAUACCCCCGCUCCAGGGACCCACCAAGCUUCGGAUGAUCUCCAGGUCAUCUCUGUCAACCUUGGAAGUCGGCAGCGACCUUCGGAGACCGGUCCAGGCAGCAUCCCUUUCCCUGUGUACGUCAUCGAUGACGACCAUGAUCAUGACCAUGGCCACGACCAUAACCAUGACCAUGAUCAUGACGACCCCAGAAGCCGGUCUGCCUCAGGACGAACGGGUCGCAGCACAGGACACAUCCGACAAUGGUCAUGUCCGCAGUGCACACUCGAUAACUCGCCGUACCUUGCGCUCUGCGAAGCAUGCGGGUUCGAGAUUGCCCCAAGUGCGGUGGCGGCUCUGUUGGACAUGGGAAUAUCAUGAGGCACCGCCAUACAUCGACCGGGAAUUCGUCCGAGGCCGUGGCCGUCAUCGCAUGCAGCUCUCCAUAUAUCCCUCUGGCCAACCCCAUGAUGCUUUCCUCGCUGGUUGUCGACCCAGAUCGACACAACACGCAGUGUCGAC